GCUGGGCUGUGACUCCCACUGACCCCCCCCCCCCCGCCCUUGGGUGCCCGUUAAUAGGCUGGUGGCGGCUAAGCCUCGCGCUGCCCCCAGUGCCCAACGGCAGCUGGCUGGGCUGAGGGGGCAGCUCCCCUAGGGCGGAGGGGCUCUGGCAACAUAUUUCCCUGUAACGCCCGCCCUAAAGCGCAGCUCUGCUGUGAGGGGCUGUUCGCUGGCGCGCUGAGGCUCCCGAUCUGCUCCGCUGACAAGUCAGCAGGCGGCUUGGCUACCUGCCAGCCCUGCAAAGUCCCUCCGGGCUUUGAGAACCAAGCCGGGCCCUUUCCUGCCUCUUCUUCCCCACCAGCCAUACAGAUCCUGCAGCUCUGCGCUGGCUGGCAGCUGAGUAGCCCCACUGUUGUGCUGGGUUUUACUCAGUUCUAGGUGUUCAGAGAUGGCGGAAAGACCAGAGGACUUGAACUUGCCCAAUGCUGUCAUCACUCGGAUAAUUAAAGAAGCACUUCCUGAUGGAGUAAACAUUUCCAAGGAAGCUCGUAGUGCAAUAUCUCGAGCUGCAAGUGUGUUUGUGUUGUAUGCAACAUCAUGUGCAAAUAACUUUGCAGUGAAGGGGAAGAGGAAAACACUGAAUGCUGGAGAUGUCCUCUCAGCCAUGGAGGAAAUGGAGUUCCAGAGAUUCAUAGCCCCUUUAAAGGAAUCUUUGGAAGUUUACAGGCGUGAGCAAAAAGGAAAGAAAGAAGCAAGGAAAGACAAAGACAAGAAGGCAGACUCUGAGGAACAAGACAAGAGCAGGGAGGAGGAGAAUGAUGAGGAUGAUGAACGGAUGGAGGAGGAGGAACAAAAUGAUGAUGAAGAGGUGGAUAACUGAGCUUCCUGGAGAGACGGCCCUCUUCCUAGGGAUAUAAAUACUGUAAAUCAACCUUGUUGUGUCCUCUUGUUUUCCGGUUUCCAGCAAAGCUCCAUGUUGUUCCUCUGAGGCCCAUACCUCCUGGCUUUAAUUCUCAGAAGGAGGUGGGCACUCUGAGACUGACAGCUGUAGUGGAAAGGUCACGUCUUCCCCAUUGCAUGGGGCACUUGGCACACUCUCUCCAGAUUCUGAAAAGCCAUUGAUAUCAAUGACUGGUCUUUAAUACUGGGUUUGUUCUGUGAUGCAAAAUGGAAUUUCCAAGAUUCUCACAGAGAAAGCUGUGCAGGAGAAUCUGCAGAAAAGUGUUGAAUAACUUUGUUUUUGCUAACUAGGUCUGAGUUUGAAUUUAAUAGGCCUUAGGCCUGUUGCAUUUAGGUUGUACAUAAUAUGUUAGAGAGGUGCCAUAAUGGUUUAGAAUGCUGCACCCAUGAGGGUUUUGUAUAAGGGGGGGAUGGAGGUUGUUUUAGCUGGAUCCUUUCAUUCUGAUCGUGCCUUCUCUUUCCAAAGUGACUGACAGUCCCAAUAGGCAAUACUACUGUACAAGGAUCAACUCUCCACAGGACUGACUCUUCUGCCCAGGAUCAGUCAAAUUCAAAGGGCUGUACUGUGCUUCUGUAACAUAACUUAAUACCGUAAGUCCUUAUUUCUGUUUUAAAAAAUACUGAGAGCCUGACAAGGUUUUAUAAAAAUAUCUGAAAGAAAAGUAACUGCUAAGAAAGCUUAACUGUGUCCCAAGUGCGACACUGGGGAAAGGUUUGGAUUGAGUUGCUGGCAAACUAUUUUCCCAAGGUAAGGUGGAUCAGGCCUAUAGAAGUUUAAAGGAAGCGUCACCCCAAUCUAAUUUGUUUUUCCUAGUAGUAGUAGUUUUGGCCUCUAUAGUUGAGGUCUUGCUCCUGAACACCUUCCCCUUUUACACGUGGAGAAGGUACAUAUUGUGAGGAGCUCAUCCUUUAAUAAUAACCCCGUUCUGUGUAAUCUUUAAAGAAGAACUUAACUCUGCUAUUUGAGCUAAACUAAAGUCUGACAAAGGAAAGUUGGAAAAAUUUGAAAUAAGUUAAAAAUUGUUAAAAAUUCACCAGUUCUAUUGAUAUACCAGUUAAAACAUGAAUGAAUGCUUGUAUGAAACUGCACAACUUUGUUUUUCGCUUCUGCUGGAGCAACACUCGCGCGGCAAACGUUGCAGGAGCUGUGCUGCCCUCACGUUGCUACAGCUGUGAUAAUUCCUACAUGAGGAUCCCAGAUGGAGGAAGUCACUAUCUGAUAAUCACCAAAGAUCUGGUGUUCAGCUGCUGCAGGACUACACAUUUAAAACAAUUUAAGUUGUGACUGGCUCUGUAAAGAUGUUCAGUUAUGCAAGCAGAUCAUUCUCGCACCUCUGUUUUUCUCUUGUAAUACAUAUUUGAACUCCAUCUCCUCUUUUAUUUAAAUAAAAGCCAAGUUCUCUA